AUGUCCUACCUCCUCCCCAACCUGCCCUCGGGAUGGCACGUCGACGAAGCGAUCAAGUCCGAGGAGGACCGCGUCGUCGUCAUCCGCUUCGGGUCGAUCGACGACAGCGAGGAGUGCCAGCGCAUGGACCAGACGCUGUACGCCGUCUCUGAGCGCGUGCAGAACUUUGCGGUUAUCUAUCUGGUGGAUAUCAAGAAGGUGCCGGAUUUUAAUACGAUGUACGAAUUGUACGAUCCUUGCUCUGUCAUGUUUUUCUACCGUAAUAAGCAUAUCAUGAUCGAUCUGGGCACUGGUAAUAACAACAAGAUAAACUGGGCUAUGGAUAACAAGCAAGAGUUGAUCGACAUCAUCGAGACGGUCUACCGUGGGGCAUCGAAGGGACGCGGUCUGGUCAUGUCUCCCAAAGACUACUCUACGCGUUACAGGUAUUAA